AUGAAGUCUAUCCUUCCUGUUAUUCUUGCUGUUAUUGGCUUCGCGGCUCACGGCUACGCCGUCUCUUGCCAGAACCAAGGCGGAUCCUGCCACGAUGGAGACCGUGACUGCCCCGCCGGUACUGAGAGCGUCUUCUGGGACACCGGCUGUGCGAGCGCAUUCUGGCCGUGGGAGGAAGAUGACAAGUGCUGUGUUUAG